GGGACGCGCAGGCGCGGGGAGGCCGCAGCCAUGGCGCCUACAGAGCUGUCGAAGCAGGUGCCCCUUAUGGAGGUGCUCAAGAAGGAGGUGAGGGCGAUGCUGAUAGCUGCCAAAGCGGGCUUGACACCCGAGCAGCUGGAGGAGCAGUACAUGGCCAUGGUCUGCAAACCUCUCCCUCUACGUGACCUGGGCUUCCAGUCCACCUUGGAGCUGGUGACGCAAAUGCCUGAAGUUGUCCGAAUCUGUUCUUCUAAGAAUGGCACUUUAAUCCUCAGAGCCAUUGCAGAUGACUCCACCAAAGGGAUUGCCAGGCUGGUUGCCAACCAGAAAGUGAAGACACGUAAGGCAUCAAAGAAAACUGCCAUGAAGGCAAAUGCUACUUUUCCCACUAAGAAUUCUAAGAAUCCACAGAGUUUCCAAACUCUGAGUGCCAGGACUCCCAUCCUGCCAGCAGCAGUGAAGGAUGAGCUGCAGGACCUGCUGAGCUCCUCACCUCUUCUGCUCACGGACUUGGACAAGGCUUUCCUCAGCCGCUUUGGCCGGGCAUUGCAGUACAGGCAGUAUGGAUUUUUGUCCAUGUUUGAAGUCCUCAGGAGCAUGUCUGAUUCCAUUGUCAUCGAGCAGACAAAGGCAGGUUCCUUGGUGGUCCUGAGGAAGUACUUGGCAAGCCAGAUAGAACAAGAAGAGGUGUAUCAAGAUGAGGCUGAGGAGGAUGAGGAGGCUCAGGGCGAAGCUGAGGAAGAUGAGGUACCUCAGAGUGAAGCUGAGGAGGAUGAGGAGGCUCAGGGUGAAGCUGAGGAGGAUGAGGUACCUCAGGGUGAAGCUGAGGAAGAUGAGGUACCUCAGGGUGAAGCUGAGGAAGAUGAGGUGCCUCAGGGUGAAGCUGAGGAAGAUGAGGUGCCUCAGGGUGAAGCUGAGGAAGACGAGGUGCCUCAGGGUGAAGCUGAGGAAGACGAGGUGCCUCAGGGUGAAGCUGAGGAAGACGAGGUACCUCAGGGUGAAGCUGAGGAAGAUGAGGUACCUCAGGGUGAAGCUGAGCAGGAAGAGAUGCCUCAGGAUGGAGCUGAGCGGGAAGAGAUGCCUCAGGGUGAAGCUGAGGAAGAAGAGAUGCCUCAAGGAAACACUCUGGAAGAAGAGAUGCCUCAAGCCGCAUGUGCAGCUUUGGGACCCACCCGUGAGACACAGAGCAUCCACCAGGCAGCACUUCUGGUGGAUUCAGAGACAGUAGAUUUGGGUGAUCACCUUGAACAACAUCAAGGUUCUGAGCAGCUUCCACCGACUCCAGAAAUCCCUCCAGAUGCUGUUCAGGACAGAAGCCUUUGCAGUUUGCCACCUCUGAAGAGAAGAUGCUUGGUGGGAGUCAUUGUGGAAUUCGUUGUCUCUCCUAGCCAGUUCUAUAUCCACAUCUGCAGCAAAGAAGCAUCGUAUAAACUGCAGGAUCUCAUGUUUGAAAUGAGACAUGUUUACUCUCACAAGGUUGCUGCAGAUAAAUACAUCAUGCCAGAGUCUGCAGUGCGGCCUGGGCAGCUGUGCUGUGUCAUGGUCUGCAAGUGGUGGUACCGUGUGAUCAUCCACCGUGUGAUCAAUGACCAGGAGGUAGAGGUGUUCUAUGCAGACUAUGGACACCUCCAGAUUGUCCAGAAGUCUUGGCUGAGAUUCCUCAAGUGGCACUACUUGAAGCUCCCUGCUCAGGCCAUCCCAUGUUCCUUGGCAUGGGUAAAACCUGUGGAGGGCAGGUGGUCCAGUGCUGCAGUUCUCCUCUUCAAGCAUCUCUGUCGCUUCAAGGAGCUUGUGGGGGUUGUGGAUGAAUAUGUGGAUGGUGUUCUGUACCUCUUCCUGUGUGACACAUCCACCAAGGACGAUGUCUACUUCCACUCUGUCUUGAGGGAUAUGGGAUAUGCUGAUGUCUGUGGGGAGAACAUACCUUCCCAGGAAUUUGGGGAGCUGAAUCCUUCAGCUUUGUAUGUUCAGCCCAGUGGAAAGCAGGGGAUUGCUGGAGUGGUGGAGCCAGACCUUUGCUUGCAGCAGGAAUCUCAAGAUGAAGACAGUGAAACAGCAACCUUGAAGCUGGGUAGGGCUGAGCUGUGACCAGACGAAGAAAACAUGAAGUCCAAGACCUUCCUGGGAGUCUCAUGGUGCCUCUGUGGUGCUCUGGACUCUGUGACCAAGGGUCACCUCAGGACCUGUGUCCCUCCUGCCCUGCUCUCUGCGGUGGUGGCAGCUGCAUGAUUAGCUACUUCCCAUCCUACUUCCAGUGGCUGCCCAGCCUGAGAAGGAAGGUGUGAUUAGAGUGGAGAAGCUGGAGCUGCUGCCAAGGAAGGCUGUCUGUAUGACUAUGCUGUCAGAGUUUUUUUUUGUUUUGUUUUUUUUUUUUUUUUUGUUCAGAAAUGUUUAAUCCCUUGAAAAAACCUGGAGUGUGAUGUCUCCGGUCUGCCCAGCAUGUGUGAUAAAUGUUAGUUUUACUUUCAGGAAAAUAGUUUGGUUUUGUUGUACCAGUGGUGUACUGAGUUUCUGCUCUUUAAUAUAAUGGUUUAGGAGAGCAUCCAAGUGUCACUUUGUGUUAUGUAUCCUUUAAGUUUAAGAGAGGAAAACUGGCUGCCCAUCCCUCCCUCCCUUCAGUGCAUGAGCUGUUUUGACAUUGUGUGGGCAUGUGGUUUUGGUUUUUAGCACAGUGGCUGCUCUACACACUCCUUGCUGCUGAAGAAAUCUCCUUCCCCAAGAAGAAGAUGAUGUGAUUUGUUGGAUGUUGUGUGUACAAAGUGUCAGGAAUCUGAUCUUAAAGAUAUGGAAUAAAAUCUAUGAGGAAUCCAGUGAGAGAGAACCUG